CGGUGACGCUGUGCAGCAUGGGUGUGGGGGCGACCUUCGGCGAGUCCGUACUGUGGGACGCGCCGCGGGAGGCCACCGUGGUGACGCGCUCCACCUGCGAGCUGCUGAGAGUCGAGCAGCGCGACUUCAGGCUCAUCUGGGAGAAGAACAAGGAUUUGAUGGGAGAUCUUGUCAACAGCAAUAAAUUAAAAAAUGGGUUCGGGCCGGGCAUCAGCAAGACGCCGCCCCCGCAGCCGCAGUCGCCGCCCCCGGCCGCCUCCCGCCGCCCCCAGAGCCCUCCUGCUCCCAACGCUAGCGGCCCCAUCACAGAGCACCUGGGCCAUGUUCCAGCCUUCACUCAGGAAGGAGAAAUUAGUUAG